AUGCCUUACUUCAAGAUGCCUGCUUACUUCAAGAAGCCUGAUUACAGAGAUUGGCCUGAAGAACAGCAGCUCCGCUGGUGUGAUAAUCAGAUUCAGCUAAUCGACGCGGCAUUGGAGGCAGAGGACUACCUCACAGCCCUGCACUUUUGCGACGUUGCCCUGGAGCGCAUCGGGUAUUGGCCUCGGUAUUCAUUCUACAUCAAACUGCUUUAUAUCUAUAAGUCGCGUGCUUGUAGAUGCCUUGGCCGCGAUGCGGAGGCAGCGGUCUGGUACAAAAGGGCCAAGAUCGAAUAUGAUAGGGAGAAUAGGGGGGAAUAG